AUGUGGAUAACAAUGAAAACAUAUUACAUACAAGAAGAAGAAGAUAUUGAUGAAAUAUUAUUGAUUAAAAUGAAUGAAUUUAACAACGUUUUUGAGUUGAAUAAGAAAAAUAUUCUGAAAUCAAACAAGAAAACCAUACCUGGUAUGGAUUUAAUUUUGCUCAAUGCAAACCUAACUUCAUUACAAAUUAAAAAAUCAAACGCUUCAAAAUCUCUAUUAAGAAAAAACAGUAAAAUGUAUUAUGUAAGUUGUAUAAACAUCAAAAACAAAAAGGGUGAAUGUUUCAGUUCGUUAAUAGAUAAUUUAUCUGAAAAUGAUAGAAUAGUUAUAAUUAACGGAGUUGUACUCAAACAGUUUACUAUUUGCAAUUCUAACAAAUUAACUGUUUUAGUUCGAUCGCAAGACAAUUCUUCAAUUACCUUAUUUAAAUUUAGAAAUCAUGGAAUCAUCAAAAUGUUAGAAAAACCAAGUUCAGCAUCUAGAAAUAAUCUUUCCUCAUUAACUGGUUCUGGUGUUUAUUCGAUAUAUGGAUUUGUAAAAAAAAUCACAAGAUAUUAUGAUGAAGAGUUAAUAUCAUUAAGAUUGCAAAGUUAUGAUAAAACAAGCAUAAAAACUCUCAAAUAUUUUCAUUUUAAUAGUGGAUAUCAAAAUAUUAUAAAUAAUAAAACAGCAUCUGGUUUGAAAUAUGGUUUUCUUUCAAACAAAGUUGAUAUUUUAGUUGAAACCCCAAGUAAAGAUUUUACGUCGUUGUCACUUAAUCAACAAAUAUGUUUAAACAAUGUAACAGUGGAAAAUAUAAACGAUUCAGACAUAUUUUUACUGCAUAUGAACGGAUAUGCUAAUAAUGUAAAAGUUGUUCCAAUGAAAUGUGUUAAAACUAUUAGACCUACCUAUUUAAUACCUGAUGAUUUAAGACCGGAAAUUCAGCCUAAAUUCGAAAAAUUAUCUGAUGAUGUCCAAUUGGUUUUAAAGGAUAAUUUUCGGGAGUUUAAUGCAAAUAUAACUGCAUUAAAUAAACCUUUAAUUAUUCAACAAAGUCAAUAUAAAAAAAUAAAAUGCAUGAAUUUAUCUGAUGAUGAUGAUGACAUUGUUAAUUUAUCACCGUGUCGAGACUUUUCGUCAUCUACACAGAUUAUUAAAAAGGACAAUGAUGUUCAUAACAAUGCAAGUAAAUUCGGCAAAAAUAAAGUUAAUGCUAUUGAUGAAAAUUCAUUACCUAUCAAACAUUUAAGAUCAGAUGACCAAGUCCAAAAAUAUAAUGACAACUCAUCACUUCCUCCAUCAAAUAAAGAUACCUCUUUGCCUAAAAGUAAAAUAUGUUCUCAAAGAGAUAUUUUACCAAACUCAUCUUCUGAUGGAUCAUGUUCACCUAGUUUCUUUAUGAGUCAACCAGAAUCAUUAAUAUUGAACCGAGAUGACAAGGUCCAAAAAUAUGAUAACAAGUCAUCACUUAUUCCAUCAAAAAAAGAUGCCUCUUUGCAUAAACGUAAAAUAUGUUCUCAAAGAGAUAUUUCACCAAACUCAUCUUCUGAUGGAUCAUGUUCACCUAGUUUCUUUAUGAGUCAACCAGAAUCAUUAAUAUUGAACCGAGAUGACAAGGUCCAAAUAUAUAAUAACAAGUCAUCACUUACUCCAUCAAAUAAAGAUGCUUCUUUGCAUAAACGUAAAAUAUGUUCUCAAAGAGAUAUUUCACCAAGCUCAUCUUCUUAUGGAUCAUGUUCAUCUAGUUUCUUUAUGAGUCAACCAGAAUCAUUAAUAUUGAACCGAGAUGACAAGGUCCAAAUAUAUAAUAACAAGUCAUCACUUACUCCAUCAAAUAAAGAUGCUUCUUUGCAUAAACGUAAAAUAUGUUCUCAAAGAGAUAUUUCACCAAGCUCAUCUUCUGAUAGCUCAUGUUCAUCUAAUUUCAUGAACAGUCAACCAGAAUCAUUAAUAUUAAACCAUAAUAGUUUUAAAUCUAAUAUUUUAAGCCAACCUACCCAGUGUAUAGGUCCUUGUAGACUUAUUCAUACUGUACCAAACAUAUUUGAUAGUAGUGAAAUUGUAAGUGGAUUCUGCACUACAUGCAACGCAUUUGUUCAAAAACGUUACCUCAAAUUGACACCUCAAUCUUCAAAUAUGGUGUACAAGUGUCCUAAAUGUUCUACCAUUGUACACCUUACAUUUUUUUUCAUUAUGAAUUUUAUUUACGGAAAAAAUGAAUCGCAAGCUAUAGAAGUAUGCUGUUACGAUAAAAAGGCUGAAAGUGUUGUCAGGAAAAUUUCGAAGAAGAAAAUAACACUUGAUGAUUAUUUAUCAAACCAAAAUAAUGAACAACUAGUUAUAAGUUCCAUGAAAUCACUUAUAAAUAAUAGAACAAAAGUAAACAUAAUUGUUUGUCUUUCACCAGAGGAUAACAAAAACAUUCUUCUUGGAAUAGAUACAAAAUAUGUUGUUACAACACAAUAA